AUGUCCCUGAACCCACUCGCCACCCAACACAUCCUCAUCAAUUCCACCCGCAUCGCCUACGGAGUAUACGGCACCGGAGAACCUGUGGUCCUAAUCCACGGCACCCCCUCCUCCUCCCUGAUCUUCCGCAACAUCCUCCCCCACCUCCUCGCCGCUAAUUACCGCGUGCACCUCUUCGACCUCCUCGGCUACGGCCUCUCCGAGCGGCCCUGGGACCCCUCCAUCGACACAUCCAUCUCCGCCCAAGUCCCCAUCCUCGAAGGCCUGCUAGCGCACUGGGGCCUCUCAUCCGCGCAUAUAGUCGCCCACGACAUCGGCGGCGGCAUCGCGCAGCGCUUCGCCAUCUUCUCCCCAGACCGCGUGCGAUCACUAACGCUCAUCGAUGUCGUGAGUUUCGACAGCUAUCCGUCAGCGCGGACGAAGACGCAGAUGGCCAACGGGCUCAAAGCGCCAACCGAAGAGCACGAUGCGCAUUUCAGGGAGUGGCUGCUCUCCACCGUGUACGCGCCGGAGAAGCUCACGGGGGAGGUUUUGGAGACGUAUAUGGCGUAUAUCAGCGGUCCGGUGGGGCAGGGGAGUUUCUUCCAGCAUCAGAUGCGGCAAUAUGAUCCUAAGCAUACGAUGGAGAUUGCGGAGCGGGUGGGGGAGUUGGGAGUAUUGCCUGUGAAGUUGAUUUGGGGGAAGGAUGAUGCGUGGCAGGUUGUUGAUUGGGCGCGUAAAUUGAACCGGGCGAUUCUUAGGUCGGAGUUGGAUGUUGUGGAGGACUGUGGGCAUUUCUCGUUGGAUGAUCAGCCGGAGAGGGUGGCGGGGAUUUUGGUGGAGUUUCUGGGGAGGCAGACGAAGUAGGUGGUUGGAUUGUAUUUUCGUUCUUGAAGAGGAGGGGCCUAGAAUGGUUGGAGUGGGCACUCCAGAAGGCAACCAGAUAUGAAAACAGCAAACUUCGAUGUCGUAAGUUCCUGAAUCUUCAUUUGUCACAACUCGUUCGUGCGAUACCACGUGUUUAGUAUUCUAG